AUGCGCGUGCUACAAGUGAUGCGCGCGCUGACCGUCGGACUGCGCAGUCGCUCGCGCGAUCACCAGCCGCCGUCGCAGGACGAGUCGCCUCCGCCCGAGGCCGCAGCGCCCGGAAAGUCAGCGAGCCGCUCGGGACACGGCGGCAAGAGACGACCAGACGAGACGGUGCGCAAUGCUGUGGCGUUCCUGGCACAAGAAGACGCCGAGAGCGCGCUCGUCUUUGCGCUCGUGCACGACCCCGAGUUUCGUCUCGCUUCGGCGCUCGCUACGGUCCCUUCUGGAGCCGACGUGAAUGUGAUUCGAGCGCUGUUGUUUGUGUUUGAAAAGUACGAGGACCAACUACAGAAGUGGCUGGGGGCGCUCAUGCUCCGGGAGAUGGUGCACACGCUGAACUGGAACGAGCUCUUUCGAGCUAAUUCGGCCACGACAGCUUUGUUGAGGGAAUAUACGUGCGAACUGGGUGGUGACUUUCUACAGCAUGCACUGGCUCACGUCAUUAACAAAUUGUGGGUGAGAUCGGACGGAUACGAAGUGAACCCGCGCUUUUUGCAGCUUGAGGACGAUUUACGUGCCAACCAGCAGCGACUAGAAACGCUGGCGGAGUUCACGUUGGAUUGUAUUUUCAAUGCCGUUUCGCUGUUUCCAUAUCAAAUUGCGAAGAUCUACCGCGUCAUGGAGUUGGAAAUGAUUCGACUUGUUGAACGGGAUCGACGCAGCAACUUGUCUUUACCCAGACUUAGCACGAAAGGAGGAAGUAGCAACAGUUUGCGAGUCUUGGACGCAGGCAAUUACAGCAACAAUUUGGUGGAGGGCUCAUCAGCGGAAAGUGUUGGCCAUCUUGGAGCACUGCCGCGACUUAGUUCUAUCGAGGAGAAUCUUCUGGAAGAGUCGCUCGUGCAAUCCGAUCUCUCGAACGGUGUGGCUCAAAUGAUGACUGCUACAAAGGAAGAAUUCUACAUGCACUUGGGUGGUCUGGUGUUUUUGCGGUUUUUGUGCCCCGCACUAGUAGUCCCGCACAAGAUGAAUUUGACGCCGGGCAAUGCCGCACCGGCGAAGCAGAUGCAGCGCACGCUUGUGCUGCUGGCAAAGUUGAUGCAAUCGUUGGCAAACAACGUCGAGUACAGCCCGUCUACUGAAUCGUAUAUGGUCCCGUUCAACCCGUUCAUUGUACGCAACCGGCCCAAACUCACGCAGUUCUAUGAUCAGCUGUGUCUACAAGCGCAAAAUGAUCCUCGCCGAGAGAGUCUUGUUGCGCGCAGCAACGUUGCCCCGCGGUUGUCGCAGCUUUGGGCAAGUCGGAGUAGCAGCAGUCUGGGCAAAGACACGUCGAUUGUAAAUCUUACGGGAGCGUGUGUUAUCGAUGUUCCAGAAGCUUCUUGUGCUGUCUUGCGCGACUGGAUGAGCUCGCAUUUGGACUACCUUGCCGUCGAGGUUGCUGACAACAAUAAAUUUCGGCGACAGCAACAGAUUGUCGUGAACAAUGGAAGCACUAGCUGCACAAGCAGCAGGGGCUCUACUUCUCCGACUAGUUCUACUUCUGCAGUGACAGUAUCACCCGUUAAGCAUCGACAUCGAUUGAGGAGGAUGCUGAGGUUGUCGAAAGCUGCGGCCUAUUCGACUGAGAUUCGGGAGGAUGACGAUAGCGAAAGGUUAAGCGAGGCCCCGAAAGCGUCACGGCGACAAAAUUUGGCAAUGCCUGUGUCAAUGGACGAGCUGGAUAAAAUCAUUGGAUACGCAGGUCAUCGCGACAACCAGCUAAUGAAGCUGUAUUAUGCGAAGCUUUCGCAAAACGGUCUGCAUCGUCUACUUCAUGCAAACGAUAUAAAUGGUGCGGAGUGGACAGUGUACAAAAGCCGGAACGACGUGGAGGUGCUUCGCAAAACACCUGCUCAUUUUUUGUGUCCGUCUGGACGAUUUACAUCUGAAAAAGACCGUCUUGUGGAGAUGAAAGGAAGCGUUAUAAUUGCCUCGACGCCGAAACAAGUGUUUCGGUAUUUACAAACACUUGAUGGUGGUAGCAACGAUGACGACACCAGGGCAACGAUUUCGAAGGUGGAGCCUCUGGAUGACUUGAAGGUGGUGCUUUACCAUCAGCACUCGCGAUUCUCGCUAUGGCCAGCAUGGCUGGUGAAGCCACGCGAUUCAUGUGACCUUCACAGUUUUGUAGAGAAAACGGGAAAGCCAGAUACAUACGCCGUGUUGCAGGAGUCAAUCCCCCGCGCAGAUGUACCGGAGCGCAAGGGAGUUGUACGUAUGGCGUUUGCUACUGGUGGCUUUCUGAUUGAACCAUAUGGAGGAGACGAGGAAGACGUGGGAUCUCAAGUGAACAGCGCGACUUCGACGAGGCUGACAUGUGUAGUACGGGCGGAUUUUAAGGGAUUGAUGCCUCGAUACUUGGCAGAGAGCAUCGUAUAUGGACGAGUAUUGGAGAUUGAGUCCAUUCGCUCAACAGUGGAGUCCAUGCGGUCUUGA